AAAAACGCUUUACAUAUAAAUCACAUCUUCUCACACAUCAGAUGAGUCACACAGGAGAGAAACCAUUUACAUGUUCUGAAUGUAGCAAAUGUUUUCCCUAUAAGUCAUAUCUUGUUAUACAUCAGAGGAUUCACACAGGAGAGAAGCCAUUUAUAUGCUCUGAGUGCAGCAAGUCUUUUACCAGUAAGUCACAACUUGUUGUGCAUCAGAGGAUUCACACAGGAGCGAAGCCAUUUACAUGCUCUGAAUGUAGCAAAUGUUUUCCCUAUAAGUCAUAUCUUGUUAUACAUCAGAGGAGUCACACAGGAGAGAAGCCAUUUACAUGCUCUGAAUGUAGCAAGUGUUUCACCCAAAAGGCAUCUCUUGUUAAUCAUCAGAAGAUUCACACAGGGGAGAAACCGUUUAGAUGCUCUGAAUGUAGCAAGUGUUUCACCCAAAAGGCAUCUCUUGUUAAUCAUCAGAGGAGUCACACAGGGGAGAAACCAUUUACAUGCUCUGAAUGUAGCAAGUGUUUUACCCAUAAGUCACAGCUUGUUAAACAUCAGAUGAGUCACACAGAGUUUUACUACAAAGAUAAUACUUAUUAA